CAUUACACCAAAAUCUUCAAUCCCCAUAUCUAUAUUUCUCCUUUAAUAAUUGGCCACAUUUCUGUCUUCUUCUUCUUCCUGUUUUCUUCUGUUAGUUAACAGUUACAUUUGUCAUUCUUUUUUCCUCCAAACCCUAAAUGUCCUCCAGAUUUUCUUAACUGUAACUACCUGUAAAUUCAAUGGCAGCCUCUGUUUCCUGCCACUAUUUUUCUUCCCCAUUGACAACUUCCAGCAAACCCAUCAAGCAUAAGCCUUCCCUCAGUUACACCCCUUUUACACCUUCUCAAAAUAAAGGGCCGAUCCGCCAUUUUGCUCCACUAUGUUCUUCACAACGUUCACGUUCUUCUGAAAUCCAAGAAAAAGAGAAAGAUUGGUUCUUGUCAUUGAAGAAGUGUGCAGUUUCGGUUGCAUUGUCAGUUAGUUUGUUAAGUGGAGUGCCUGGUUUGGAAUUGUUGAGUCCUGCCCAUGCAAGCACCCCCGCAUUGCCAGAUGUCUCUGUAUUGAUCUCAGGGCCACCAAUUAAGGAUCCCGGGGCGUUAUUGAGGUAUGCCUUGCCUAUAGACAACAAGGCAAUAAGAGAAGUUCAAAAACCACUUGAAGAUAUUACCGAGAGUCUUAAGGUUGCUGGUGUGAAGGCGCUCGAUUCUGUCGAAAGAAAUACAAGACAGGCAUCCCGAGCUCUCAAGCAAGGGAAAACCUUGAUUGUUUCAGGACUUGCAAAGUCAAAGGCUGACCACGGCGUUGAAUUACUAAACAAACUGGAAGUUGGGUUAGAUGAGCUUCAAAAAAUUGUUGAAGACAAGAAUCGAGAUGCUGUUGUAUCUAAACAGAAAGAAUUGCUUAAUUAUGUUGGAGGUGUUGAAGAGGAUAUGGUGGAUGGAUUCCCAUAUGAAGUGCCUGAAGAAUAUCAAAAUAUGCCUUUACUGAAGGGAAGAGCAACUGUUGAUAUGAAGGUCAAAGUCAAAGACAAUCCCAACGUGGAGGAAUGUGUAUUUCGUAUUGUACUAGAUGGCUAUAAUGCUCCGGUUACUGCGGGAAAUUUUAUAGACUUGGUGGAGAGGCAUUUCUAUGACGGCAUGGAAAUUCAAAGAGCGGACGGGUUUGUGGUCCAGACAGGAGAUCCUGAAGGUCCAGCUGAAGGUUUUAUUGACCCCAGCACUGAGAAAAUUCGGACAGUACCUCUGGAGAUUAUGGUGGAUGGUGAAAAAGUACCAUUCUAUGGAGAAACUUUAGAAGAUCUUGGUCUGUACAAGGCUCAAACAAGACUCCCGUUCAAUGCUUUCGGAACAAUGGCCAUGGCUAGAGAGGAAUUCGAGAAUAAUUCUGCAUCAAGCCAGGUGUUUUGGCUAUUGAAAGAAAGUGAGCUGACUCCUAGCAAUGCCAAUAUAUUGGAUGGUCGAUAUGCUGUGUUUGGUUAUGUGACAGAAAAUGAGGACUUUUUGGCAGAUCUGAAGGUGGGAGAUGUGAUAGNAACUAAACGUGGAACAAAAUCUUUGUUUAAUCGUUCUCCAUCCCACUAA